AUGUCGUUUGAUCCUUCCAACUUACCUCCUGGCGUUGAGAUCCCGGGACAGAAGGCGCUCAUUGCUCACGCUGCAGUGAUGUGCAUCGCCUUUGUGCUGUUCAUUCCCAUUGCAGCACUUACGACACGAUCUCCACUAAAGCUGAAGGUCACAAAGCUUCACGCUCCUUGGCAGGUCGUCAAUGUCAUCCUUGCCAUUAUCGGCAUGGGCCUGGGAUCUUCAGUCGCAUCAACGCGGCACAUACCUAAAGGCGAAACACCACACGUCCUACUAGGCUACGUCCUGGUUGGUCUUCUGAUCGGCGUUCAACCGGUACUCGGUAUUCUUCAACACCUGUACUUUCGAAAGGCUGAACGUCGAGGUAUCUUUGGAUGGAUCCAUCUUCUCCUGGGUCGGGUCAUCUUGGUGUUGGGACUAGUCAACGGUGCCAGAGGCUUCAAGUUAGCUCACGACAACAAAACUGCACCAUACUUCGCGGUCCUGGGCAUAGUCUGCGCGUUCUAUGUUGGAGUGUUGCUGUGGGAUUGGCUUGCUCCUCGUUACAAAGCACGUAAAGCCGACGAGCAUCACACCCCCAAUCACAGCCUUGCAAAUGACGCGAUGGAAAUGAACUCGAAUGAAGAUGGAAGAAAAUGA